AUGUUUCAGUCUGAGUUGCUCGUGAUCAUAACAGCUUCGGUCUUCGCGAACCGGUGCAGCACGGCAUACAACGGCGAGGAUAUCGUGAAAGACAUCACAACCAUUGUGGGCCAAGUCUGGGUUUUUGGCCAGGUGUUUCUUUUCAGCAUGCUGGGCAGCAAGAUGACUUUGGAUAUCUUGCCUGAGCUGAAAAGCUUGGCCCCUGUAAUGCUCUGCGGGCUGCUCGCACGUUCACUGGGUAUCAGCCUUGGUGUCCUUCUCACGUUCACGAGCCGCAGGAGGACGUUGAGCCAAGUUCCAUCAGACAUCGGGUUUUGCUUUCUGUGCACACUGCCACGUGCGACAAUUCAGGGUGCUCUGGGUGCCGAGCCGCUAAAGCAGCACUUCUUCCACAUCGGGUAUGGCAACAACAGUGCAGUUCAGAACUUCACCUUUACAGCUGCAAGGCUGUAUGUGUUAUGCUAUUCCGUCAUAGGUAUGAUACUCUUGAACGGCUUCGGGCCAAUGCUGCUUCGAAGUACCGAGAAAGAAGAAUCCACGCGUCCGCUGGUGGCCGAUGACUCUGAGAACCCGUCCGAGAAUACACAGUUGGCAGACUCGCCACAGGUCCAGCCAGCGCAGCACGAGUCCUCUACACCGCAACUGCAGAAGGUUCCGUCCCGCUCGGCCAGCUCGACAGCAUCAGGGGAGUCGCACUGGCAGGACAAGGGAGGCAUGUUGCACACGUUCGAGUCCCGGAAUUCCACGUGGCGCCCUUCAUGCGAAGUACUCCCAGGCUACAAAACAACCUGUCGUGCAACGGCCUCCGAGAAGCGCCCUGUCGGGGAUGAGGCAGUGAGAGUUCUGAAGCCAACUUACUUGACCUUCAAAGUGCCGAAGAGAUCUGCGAUGCAGCGGAUGGGGGAGUUUAUACGCCGUGGCGAUUCUGGAGGACGUGUCCACGAAGUCCCAAACCCAAACCCUUCGCAAGGAAAUAUUCCCGUGAUCUUAUCCUCUAAGUGGAAGGAGGGAAAGGAGGUGACCUGUUACUUCGGUCCUGAUCCUGACUUCUUGGUCCGUGCCGAUCCUUCAGCGGAUGAAAGGCCAAUGACAUUCCGGCUCAGAACGAAAGGAAAAGUGGAAACCAUCACCAUAAGAUUCCCUCCCCUCGUCAAAGAGGCGCAGUUCGAGCCAAAUGCUGUGAUGGUGCAGGUGCCGGAGAAUGCGAGGCCGGGAGCUCCGUUGGUGUUCAAGCAUCCCACCGACAAGCUCUGGCUGCAGUUCGAAAUUCCCCAGAAAAUUCCGGCAAAUCGUUUCCUAGCUGUCGCGCUGCCGUCGGCAAAGUAUGUGUCUAAGUCAAACGAAGACUAUUGCUCCUUCAUCAACGAAAUGUGUGAUGAGAUUUACGCUGAGUUUGUGGAAACAUUGCAAACGCUUGAGAGUCUGUGCACCUUUCGCAUCCAGCCCAUUGGCACGGCGCCACUGUCCGUGGAGGUUCUGGGGCCCUGUCGAAGGUUCCAAGCUGAGCAAGGUAUGGCAGCUACAUUUUUGCCACCUGACAACGUGCAGAAAGGCGGCAACAACGGUUUCGCGAUGCAGUACGGAAUGUACAACAACACUGACGAAGUGUACGGUCAAGCGCCGUACUUGAAUAACAACGGCUUCAACGCUGCUAACAACUUUGCUGACAACAACUAUGCCUACCAGGAUGCAGUGAAAGCAUACAACAAUGGUGGGUGCAACAUGCCGGGCUACCCCCAGAACGGAUUUGGUGGAGGUUUCCAGCAGCCGGAGGCACAGAUGGGCUACGGGUUCGGCUGGCGCCAGGAGUACUCGCAGGGAACAGGCCCCGAAUACGAAGCACAGGAGCUCUGGACAGCAGAGGCAGAUGAAGAGUUUGCCCAAGUCCACGUCUUCGGACCGCAAGGGGAGCAGGUGCCAGGAGCUGUUACCACUUUUCAGCAAGCUCAAGGGAUGUUCCCGGACAUCCUUGUCCACAAACUGAUAGAGGCAGGCUUCACAGCGCCUACACCUAUCCAGGCUCAUACUUGGGCCAUUGGAGUGGCUGGUCGUGACCUGAUUGGCAUCGCUAAGACAGGCAGCGGCAAGACUCUUGCGUUCCUGAUGCCUGGGUUCCUGAAGAUCACGCAGACCCGGUCCAGGCUGCCGCAGCUCUGCGUUCUGGCGCCCACCCGGGAGCUGGCCUGCCAGAUCGAGUCCGAAGCCGACCGCUUCGGCCGUGCUGCCGGAAUCCGGACAGCCUGCUGCUAUGGUGGUGCACCUCGGGGCCAGCAGCUUGGUGCCCUACGCCGGGGGGCGCAGGUGAUUGUGGCGUGCCCGGGAAGAUUGAAUGACUUCUUGUCUAGUGGAGCUGUGAAUCUGUCCAACGUCUCCUACCUGGUCUUGGACGAAGCAGAUCGGAUGCUUGACAUGGGCUUCGAGCCGCAGAUCAGACAAGUCAUUCAGCAAGUCCCGGAAGACCGGCAGACACUGCUGUUUACCGCGACAUGGCCCAAGGAAGUUCGCUCGUUGGCCAGCGAGUUUCUGAAGCGACCAUUCCACGUGCAAACCGGAGCGGUCCAUGAGAUGACCGUAAACAAAGACAUCGAGCAACGUGUCGUCUUCUGCUCUGAUGAGGAGGACAAGGCCCAGCAGCUCCUUCAGAUUCUGUCCUCACUCGGGCGUGGAGACCGCUGCUUGAUUUUCUGCGAGAUGAAGCGUUCUUGCGAGAUCUUGGCGAAUGAUCUGAUGCAGUAUCACGGGGUGCCUGCGGUUCGCAUCCACGGAGACAUGGCCCAGUACGAGCGCACCGGGGCCCUGGAGGCCUUCAAAAGCGGCCAGAGCCCGAUUCUUUGUGCGACGGAUGUCGCUGCACGUGGACUCGACAUCAAGGGUGUCACCUGCGUUAUCAACUACGAUUCCGCAAGUUCGGCAAAGGACUACGUCCACCGAAUUGGAAGGACUGGGCGCGCCGGUCAGAAAGGGUUGGCCUAUUCCUUGCUCUUGCUCCACAAAGAGGACAAGAAGGCCUUCGAGAUCGCUUCCGUUCUUGUUCGCAGCGGAGCGGUGGUUCCCCCAGAGUUGGAGAAGUACGCCACACAGCAGUCUGGUGGCAAAGGAAGGGGAGGCAAGGGCAAAGGCAAGGGCAAGGGCAAAGGCGGAAAAGGCAAAGACGGCAAGAACGGCUCCAAAGGUGGCAGAGGUAAGGGAAAGGCUGGAGCCAAAGGAAAGCCUCCAGGGCCUCCCAGCCAGCCAGGACCCUAG